CGCGUUGCUUGGCUGGGUGGCUCUUCUCUCUCUCUCUCUCUCUCUCUCAUCACAACAAAACCAUCUGUCUCCAUCGCUUUUCAUUAUUAUCCAUCCAUUCAUGAUUCAUCCCUUCCUUUCGUUCUUUGCAACAAUCGAAACCAUUACACACUAAACAAGCCAACAAACCCUAGCAACAACAUUAUCAAUCUUACUCUCACAACCAUUUGCAACCAUCUAUUCAGUUUAGUUGAGAGAUUUUAAUCCUCACAGGCGUCCUGGUCAUUUGGCACAUGCUUCUCCUCCUGGUUACUUUGUCCGCUUUGAGAAUUCAAAUUCCAAGGACGAUUCAUAUUUGAGGAAGAAGACAGGGACAGGGAUGCGUCGGUGGCUGUGUUGCACGUGUCAGGUAGAAGAGUCUUACCCAUCGCAUGAAAGUGAGCACCUGAAAAGCCCAAGGAAUUAUGGAGAUGGCAACCAAAAAGGUUCAAAGGCGUCAGCGCCCGUCAAAUCAGAACCACAUAAGGCACCACCGCCUAUUGAGGUUCCGGCAUUAUCUUUAGAGGAGCUGAAGGAGAAGACUGAGAAUUUUGGAUCAAAGGCAUUGAUUGGUGAAGGAUCAUAUGGAAGAGUGUAUUAUGCAACCUUAAACGAUGGGAAAACAGUGGCUGUGAAAAAGCUUGAUGUUUCAUCUGAACCUGAAACAAAUAAUGAGUUUUUGACCCAGGUUUCUAUGGUUUCAAGGCUGAAGAACGAUAAUUUUGUUGAGCUGCAAGGGUAUUGUGUUGAAGGAAAUCUUCGGUUACUUGCAUACGAGUAUGCUACUAUGGGCUCUCUUCAUGACAUAUUGCACGGUAGAAAGGGAGUUCAAGGGGCACAACCAGGGCCAACUCUUGAUUGGAUACAGCGAGUUAGAAUUGCAGUUGACGCAGCAAGGGGAUUAGAAUAUUUGCAUGAGAAAGUUCAACCCGCUAUUAUACACAGAGAUAUCAGAUCAAGCAAUGUGCUCAUCUUUGAAGAUUUUAAGGCUAAGAUAGCUGAUUUUAACCUUUCAAAUCAGGCCCCUGACAUGGCUGCACGCCUUCAUUCUACUCGAGUGUUGGGAACUUUUGGUUAUCAUGCUCCAGAGUAUGCAAUGACUGGCCAGUUGACUCAAAAAAGUGAUGUCUACAGUUUUGGUGUUGUUCUUCUAGAACUUCUUACUGGAAGAAAACCUGUUGAUCAUACCAUGCCCCGCGGACAGCAAAGUCUUGUUACAUGGGCUACCCCAAGAUUAAGUGAAGAUAAAGUUAAACAAUGUGUUGACCCAAAACUGAAAGGAGAUUAUCCCCCUAAAGGAGUUGCCAAGCUUGCAGCCGUUGCGGCCCUGUGCGUGCAAUAUGAAGCCGAGUUUAGGCCAAAUAUGAGCAUUGUUGUUAAAGCACUCCAACCACUUCUCAAGACUCCUGCUCCUGCUGCGCCUGAAAGUUGAACCAAACGAACACAAGUUUUUUUAACUCUUUGAAGUUUGAUUCAAUUAUCCUCAGAUUUCAUCGAAUGCUGCAAAUAUAUAAAUAUUAUUUAUAUAUAUAUACACUUUUAAUUUUUGUAUGAGAUUGGAUGUGUAGGAUUGGAUUUGCUUGUUUCCUUUUUAUUGUUAAACUCCGUGUAUUUCUGGCAUCGCACUUGUUGCUGCUGACUGCUAUAUAGAGCCAUAAGCUUGGUUACGAUGGGUUUGGGUUUG